CAAUGUAUAAAGAGAAUGGAAGAGAAAGACAAAAGUGGGAAAAGGUGGUGGUAGGGUUGGGACUGAAAACUAGGAGAGAGGGAGGGAGAGAAAUAUCUGCCAGAAGAUAAAAGGGUGGAGUCAGAUACGUGAUGUGCAUGAUGUCAGCAGCUUGUUGGAUUGUCGUGCUGUGCCCUGCUGAGCUUAAUCCAGGCUGAUCCAAGCAGCAAGCAGUCAUCUAAGUGAAUCCAGAGAAGUAGCCAAAGAUAACCUAGUGUAGCGUGGGACUGCUGCUCUAACAUUAAAGAAUCCAUUAUAAGGAAACUCACAAGGACAACAGCCUUAAUCUGUAGUUAAGUCUGAGAGGACAAGGGAAGAAACGGGCAAGAAACUCAAAGUUCGAGCAGGGGAAAAAAAAACUUUAAAUGAACUUUUAAUAGCUUCAGAGGAGAGUCAAGGGCAUUUUUAGCAUUAUUAAUCUGCAACACAAAACACCUAAAACAAGGCAACCACCUGGUCAGAAUGUCCACGAAUGGAAUAAGUAUGGCUCUAAAGCUGCAGUUUGGACUUAUUAAUUACGAAAAUCGUUACCUCACAGCAGAGGCAUUUGGUUUCAAAGUAAAUGCAUCUGGAACCAGCAUGAAGAAGAAACAGAUCUGGACCCUGGAGCAAGAUCAAGACAGCCAGGUGGUUUUCUUACGCAGUCAUCUUGGACGUUAUCUGGCCACAGAUAAAGAUGGCAAGGUGAGCUGUGAGGAGGAAGUUCCAAACACAUCCUGCCGUUUCUUGCUUGUGUCGCAGUCAGAUGGACGAUGGGCCUUACAAUCUGAGCCAUAUUUGCGUUAUUUUGGAGGGUCUGCAGAAUAUUUGUCCUGUUUUGCCCAGACCAUUGGGGAAUCAGAAAAAUGGACCAUGCAUCUUGCCCUUCAUCCACAGGCCAACCUGUUAAGUGUAUUCCGUAAGCGCUACGCACGCUUGUCCACCACUGACGACGAGCUCUGCAUGGACAGUGACAUACCCUGGGGUGUUGACUCCCUGAUCACUUUGGUCUAUCUGGAUGGCAAGUACAGUCUGAAGACCUGUGAUAACCGCUUUCUCAGCAAUGAUGGUAAGCUGGUAAAGGAUCACGGGCCUAACACUAGUUUCAUCCUGGAACUCAAGUCUGGCAAGCUGGCCUUUAAAGACUGUGAGGGCAAGUUUCUCUCACCAACGGGCCCCUCGGGCACCUUGAAGUCUGGCCGCUGUUCAAGGCCAGGGAAAGAUGAGCUGUUUGAUCUGGAAGAGAGCCACCCACAAGUUGUUUUCCAGGCAGCCAACCAAAGAUAUGUGUCUAUUCGUCAAGGUGUUAGCAUAUCAGCUAAUCAGGAUGAUGAGACAGACAUGGAGACAUUCCAGAUGGAGAUUGAUAAAGACACUAAGAAGUGCAUGUUCAGAACUAAUGGCGGAAAUUACUGGACACUCGUUACUCAUGGAGGGAUUCUGUCCACGGCCACAGAAGCAGAAGAAAAGACCAUGUUUGACAUUGAAUGGCUGGGCAGGCGAGUUGCUUUGAGAGCUAGCAAUGGAAAAUAUGUAUGCACAAAGAAAAAUGGACAGCUUGCUGCUGUGAGUGAUUCUUUGGGGGAGGAUGAGCAGUUUGUGCUAAAGCUGAUUAAUCGUCCAAUCCUGGUCUUGCGUGGGGAGAACGGCUUUGUGUGUCACCACAAAACCGCCAAUACACUGGACUGUAGCCGCUCUGUUUAUGACAUCUUCUCCUUGCUUUUCAGCAAUGGUGCAUACCAAAUAAAAAGUGGAAAUGAAAAGUUCUGGUACGUCUCCAGCAGUGGUCUGGUGUGCACAGAUGGAGACAAACCUGAGGAGUUCUUCUUUGAGUUUGCAGAGUCUGGACGAGUUGGCAUCAAGGGUCAAAAUGGCAAAUACCUGCGUGGAGACCAGGGAGGCACACUGAUGGGUAAUGGGAUCAGUGUUGACGCCUCGUCCCUGUGGGAGCACUGA